UGCGUGACUGCCUGUGAAAAGUUUGCCACCAACAAUGAGAGUGCCGCCAAGAUGAUCAAGGAGUCCAUGGACAAGAAAUUUGGCAGUUCUUGGCACGUGGUGAUCGGCGAGGGCUUCGGCUUCGAGGUCACGCACGAGGAGGAUGAUGUGGCGAAUACGCCGUCGCUCCAGGACAAUCUGUCUGUCCUUGGCACUCGUUUCCAUUUUCCUGCACCUCCUCCUGAUGUUUGUCUCCCUUUCUUUGUACCACCAACCCUGUGACCCCCCGCCACUCACUCGGACACCCAUCGCCACACACCUGGCAAACAAAAGCUACGGCUUCACGGGCGCCGCAGUUCUGGACGAAUCAACGGACGGGCCACGAAGACAUUCUCCCGGUGUCCCUCUGGACCAUUUCCAGGGCGGAAGAAUAAAAGCUGCCAUUGUUGAGCCUCUGGCGUCAAGUCUGGCGAAGCUACAGGCGCUGUUUAACCAUCCUCUUUACAAUGCGCCCAUGUCGGCUGUUCAAGACGAGGAUUUGUUGUUGAAGGUCAUACCAAAGCUGCGGUCCGAGAGGAGCUCCCAAAUGUGGGUGAGUAGAAGCCAGGAGAGUUACGACAACGCCCACUGGAACAGCAGCAGUGACAGUCAUCCCCCCUGGCUGCGUUUUCAUCUGGCCAUCUCCCGCUGGCAGCUAUACCCCCACCCGGACCCCAACAUGGAGUCUGUGAUCCAACAGCUCGCCACGCACCCCAUCGUCAGCUCAGUGCAGAAAACCGGGGGUACGCAGCUGAAGCUGGUGAUGUCAUUCCCAAACUAUGGGCAGGCCAUGUUCAAGCCCAUGAAGCAGGAAAGAGAUGAUGAAACCAACUAUAACCUCUACUAUUUCUCUGACUUUGAGCGUCACAAUGCAGAAAUUGGAGCCUUUCACCUAGACAGAAUUUUAGGGUAUCGGAGGGUACCUCCAGUCGUUGGGAGGCAGGUGGAUGUCGUCAAAGAGAUUAAAGACAUCACGACGGAUCGCAAACUGGCCCGGACGUUUUUUAACUCCCCCGUGGGCAAUGUGUGCUUCUACGGCCGCUGCUCGUACUACUGCUCCACAGAACACGCAGUGUGCGGCAAACCUACGGACUUGGAGGCCUCUUUAGCCCUCAUGCUGCCCGACCUCUCCCUGGCCAGACGGAGGAGCUGGCGAUCGCCAUGGAGACGCUCCUACAGCCGCAGCAAGCUGGCAAAAUGGGAGACGGACCCAGACUACUGCACGACCAUCAAGAAAACAGCGCCCUAUGACAAAGGAACAAGGCUGGUGGACUUCAUUGACAUGGUCAUACUGGACUUCCUAAUGAGCAACAUGGACAGACACCACUAUGAAACAUUCGAAAAGUUCGGCAAUGACACUUUCCUGCUGCACCUGGACAACGGCCGGGCAUUCGGGCGCCACUCCAAAGACGAGCCAUCCAUCUUGGUUCCAUUAGAGCAGUGUUGCAGAAUCCGUCGUUCCACCUGGCUCCGCCUGCGCCUCCUGUCCCUGCCGCAGUAUCGCCUCAGUGACGUCAUGCGGGCCUCACUUUCCCAAGACCCGCUGCAUGGUGUGGCCCCGUUGCUGACAGAGCCCCAUCUUGCCGCCCUCGAUCGGCGCUUGAAAACCGUGAUGGAUGCAGUAAGUCGUUGCAUGGAGAAGCAGAGUGAGAACGGGGGUGCCGAGGUCAUAUACGACGACAUCGACCAGCUGAAGGACAUGUAGACUCCCGUUGUGUCCAAGCCAACAAUUCUUCAAAAAGGCUUCAACCUGUUUAUUGCCUCUCGCAGUCAAGGUUUACUGUCAUACUAAAAAGAUAUGUCUUUAAAACCAACCACGUGACUUUCUUGGCCUUCGGAAAGUCCCCUAGCUUCCUGCUAACACAAUGCAAAAACGCCAUAGCUGGACUAACGAAACACCAAUGUUGCUCUGUUCUUAUAACCUGCAAGCAGCAGAUAUUUGAACACAAGUAGCACAGCCCACACAUGUAAACUUAUCAUCUAAAAAUUCACACGGGCAUUUAUUCGUUGUCCACUCUGAAAAGCAGUAAUAUUGUAAAACUUCAUUGAAAUCCAAAUGCUCGCUCCACCCCCAAUGCCGAGUAAUGUACAGCAAACAUUCACUGCAGUGUUCAGUUUUACCGGGACAUAUUCUUCAAAAGGUUGAAAAGUUGAAGUUAAGGCUCUUUGUUGCUUUUUUUAACCAUGGUUACCACCAUUUUUAUGUAUGGGUAUAAUAAAGCCAGUAGCUUUUAAUCACAA